GUGUCGCCUAAGCUAGACGACGCGGGGGCCUUUUUCUGCUCCCGCAGUAUGGUAUUUCAAGAACCUAUAUAUGAAUAUAUCAUUAACUGUUCAAAGUUGAUGCAAGUUUGAAAUGACCCGACUAAUUUAGUAUCAAUCCCCGAAUACGCAAUGAUAUAAACUAUAAUUUAUGUGCAUCAAACGAUAUUAGUAAAUUUGUCCUUUACUAACUAAGCAUAAGGUGUGCAAGUUAUAGUACAUGCCAAUGAUACAACACAAUGAUUCACUACUUGGUAUUAUUAAUUCUUCUUUCACUGAUGGUUUCCUUGAUCACUAUUUCCACAUAGAUACGGUUGUUUCUCUAGUACAUUAGAGCAUUUAGUUUUACUUUUUUUGGGUUACUUUUUUUGUGUUAUUUUUAGUUUUGUAGAACAUUAGAACAUUAGUAUCUUUGGUAUUUACUUAAAUAAUUAAAUUGGAAUUUGAUUCUCACUUUUAGUACAAUGUGUACAAAAAUUUACUUAACAUAUGUGUGCACUUUUGCUCCCGGGCGCCUUGUCAAUGGUAAUUUUCCCUUAUAGUGAGGCAAGAUGCAUGCAGGAAUUUCCGCCACAUGCUAGCAUCAUCACAUGAACAGAUAAAUUUGAAUUUCAAAUGACGUAUCUCACAAGGCGUUAAUAUGAUUAAUGAGCCGUUUACACCGAUCUAAGAGUCCAGAUCUAACGGACGACGUGGCAGCAACAAGUUGGACGCACGCUGCGAAGGGACGUCGACAUAACUAAUGGGUCAAGGUCAACAUGAGCAAUCUGUAUCCCAGUUCAAGACAAAGCUGCGUAUGCCGUUGGAUUUGGUGUCUGUGUUUCUCGCCUUCACACUGGAAAGCAGCCUAGACAAUUUACGAAGUACAUAUCCUGAUGUGGAGUUGAAAUCGGGUAUAUUGGAGACUCUUUGCUUCCCCUGCAUGGUUCUAAGAUUCUUCAUGAUGGCAGCCAAUCUGCCAUUCAUGCCUCCGAGCAUCCUGAUUUUCAUGGACACCGGCGCUGCCGUACUUGCCUGUUAUGUGCUACUACUGGACAUCAACUGGAGCUUCAAAUGGCUCACCAUGUUCCCCGUCAUGGGCAUUGUUUUCAUAUAUGCCCUGUCACGGUUGUACUCGAAGCCCUAUAGUCGAGGUGAAGAUCGUGAAGAGGCCGGGGUUAUCCCCUGUUCAAAAAUAAAAGAAGGUGAAGAUCGUGAAGAGGCCGCGGUUAUCUCCUGUUCACAAAUAAAAGAAGGUGAAGAUCGUGAAGAGGUCGCGGUUAUCUCCUGUUCACAAAUAAAAGAAGGUGAAGAUCGUGAAGAGGCCGCGGUUACCUUCUAUUCACAAAUAAAAGAAGAAGGUGAUGAUGGCCAUUGCGAGGCAAACCAAGGCAGUAAAGGAGAAAAUUUAUCGACGAGGAAUACAGAAGAAUCUAGCAAUGAGAAGAUCACUAGGGUAAUAUUUCUGCAGCUUGAGUUGAUCGGGAUAAUAACGUUCGGGGCGCUAUGGGCGAUGGACGAGCUGCUACUUGAUGAGCAUGCAACUGACAGGUUCACCAUCUCCCAGUUCCUCCUGUUCCUGAGCUUUAUGCUGGCAGCACUGACGUCCAUGAUGAAGAGACUGCCUACUGACGUCUCCCCGGGCAUUGCACCGGCAUCGGAGUUGCUCCACAAGACCUUGCUUGUACUCCUGCUGGUGACAGCGCACACGGUGGCCGCGGAGGCGCUGGGCGAGGAAGUGAUUAUCCUCUGCAUGCCAGAGGUUAUCCCAGCUGUGCUAAUCUGGUUCAGUAUUCACCAUGGCUCCGUCAGCGACCAGGUGAUGGAAACUUAUAAAAGCUGGGAAUGGCGCAUUUCUCUAGGUGCAGUGGUAGCUCUUUUUCUGGCCAAGAUUGGUGAGUCCCUGCGCCCCGGCUGGUGCACGACAAUAUUUGCUUGCUGUGCCGUCUCAGGGCUCCUGGCCCACUACGUUGUGUUCAUGCUAAGUCAUUGGCCAGGGCAACAACCGGCUGAUGACAAGCAGGAACCAGGGAAGCUUCUUGUUCAACCCGCCGAUGACAAGCAGGAUCCGGGGAAGCUGGAUGUACAAGCCGCUGAUGGAAAGCAGGAUCCAGGGAAGCUGGCUGUGGAAUUACUGAGGCAUUGGGCAAAUGACUUACUGAUAGCCGCAGCUGCGUUGCUGCUACUCAGGUAUCUGCUCGUUCACGGGCUUGGUUGGAGAGAAGCACUUACUGCACUAAGCCAGACCUUUGAACGAUUGAUUUCAGCAGUGAGAGGACACACAACUACUUUUUGGUCCAUCAUUCCAUUACUAUGUUCUACCGUAUUCAAUUUGUUGUCCAGUUCAAUGAACCUGCACAAGGAUUCCCCAGGAAUUGCAACAGUGCGAAGGAGCUUUGGAAUUUGCUAUAAUGUGUUGAUUGUACUUCAUAUGUUCUGCUUUACAGGUGAUGUAUCCCAUACUCUAUAUUAUAAGUACAAUAGUAUUGCCUUACUUUGGAAGGAAUGCAGCGCAUUCUUGUAAUAUAAAAUGAUUUAUGUAUUGCACGGUACAAAAUGUAACAUCACAUGUAAGAUCACUGUAUAAAUAAUGUAUUGGCACAAAUGCCCGUGCGUAGCAGCGGGAUAUAUUGUUACAGGUGUCAUGCCUCCACUUA